CGUAGCUUUGCUCAUUCACAACCUGCUGCUCUUGCUUGGUCGUCGUCUCUGUAGCCGAUCGAUCAGCGUAGUAGCCACUGUCGUCACAGUUUCUUUAUUUAUUUCCCAUCAUCUGUCGGAGCACGUAAAUCGGCUGCGGGCGAUCGACCGGCGACGCCAUGUCCAAGCAAAAGACUGUGAUCAGGCUGGGCGUACCCAACGCCAAGAACCGGUCUAAAGCCAUGCAGCUCGCAUCCAAAGCUGUCGGAGUGAACUCGGUGGCCAUCGCCGGCGAAGCCAAGGACCAGCUGGAGGUGGUAGGAGAAAGCGUCGACAUCACCUGUCUGAUCAAUCACCUGCGCAAGAAGGUCUGCCGCGCCGACAUCGUCGUGGUGGAGGAAGUGAAGGACAAGAAGAAGGAGGAGGAGGAGAAGAAGAAGAAGGAGGAAGAAGCCAAGAAGAAGAAGGCGGAGGAAGAUAAGAAGAAGGCGGAGGAAGCAAGGAAGAAGGCGGAAGAAGAGUUCAAGAAGCUCUGGGCGGCGUGCCCGCCGCCGCCGUACAACGGUGGUUAUUAUAGUUACCCCGGGCCGCCGGCGACGUUUGUAUGCGAGGAACAGCCAGCAGCAGGCUGCCACAUCAUGUGAACUGGAGCUGCGUACUUAAGAUGGAUUUUGCCCGGCGUGUAUAUGCUUAAUAUGUUUGUGAUUUUGGUUCUGAACUUCUGACCUCUCCGUGAAUCGUGCUGGGCGCAUGUGCACAAACCAUCACUGGCAGUUGGCAGAAAUGAAAGCAAACCAGAACCACAUCCAGAUGUAAACUAUGAAAGCAUAUUUCAUAUAAGAUAUUAAUGAUGCUCAUUUGAAUUCUUAAGUACUCAA